AUGGCUAGCGUUGGUUUGAAGAAGAUUUUAACCUUGGCAAUCGGCGACGGAUUAUCUUCAGCACGAGCCAACAUAUUUGGUCAUCUAUUGAACCCAACGGGGAAGAAAUCUGGGCACAAAAUUUACCGCAUGAAAUUGUUUGGUGAAAAAGUUGCUCAAUGGUACCCUCAUGAUAUCAACAAAGAUGACCCUCUUGUUAUGGCUCGUCAACAACAAGAACGCUUAUCGAAGCUUGAAAUGUUGAAGCGUCGGGGAAAAGGGCCACCAAAGAAGGGACAGGGAAGGCGUGCUGCAAAGCGCAACAAAUAAAGUAUACGCUUGUUUGUUUGGAAUUCAUAUUGUGGGUAUGUUGUUUUAAAUCAAAGACUAGUAGUCGUUUCUGCAAACAACUUGAAUUUGAUUUAUUUUAUCAAAAUGACAGAUUUCUUCUUGCCUUUUUUCUGGGAGAAAACUUAAUGCGUUUGAGAGUUGAAACCAUUAGACUAAUUUGGUUGGAGAUCAUUGUCUUUUUUUUGUGCCAAUAUAUUUUCAUAAAUUGGUUUGUCUAUCUUGAAAGUUGGAAUGCUAUCACAAGGUCAUAACUAGCCUUUUUCAUAUUGAA